AUGCUCUUCCAUGGAUUGCUCGCCACAUUUUCUCUCGUCGUGCUCAGUGCUUCCAAGGGUUACUGUACCUCUUCCACUAAUUUUGUAGGGGCAGACGGCCUUCCUACUAUCCAACUGGAUAACGGUACCUUCAUAGGGAACCAAACUGGGAAUGUCACACAGUUUCUUGGUAUCCCCUAUGCCCUUCCACCAACGGGUGAUCUACGCCUCCGUCUUCCCGUCGCCAAUCUCCCCUACAAGGGCACCUACAACGCUUCAACCUUCGGGCCUAUGUGUCCUCAACAAUCUUUAGUUCUUGAUCCUUCGGUGAUAGCGACGGUCGCGCCGAUUGUCGGGUCAUUGGACUUCGGUCCCGGGAGCAUUCCACAGAGCGAGGACUGUUUGAGUGUGGAUGUCAUCGUACCGAAGGAUGUGACCGUGGAUGCGAAACUGCCUGUUGUCGUGUGGAUUUAUGGAGGCGCAUUUGAAGAAGGAGAUAUGACCUUGUAUCCUGGUGAGGUCAUUGUUCAAGGCUCUCUUGACUUAGAGACCCCAGUGGUGUAUGUAGCGAUGAAUUAUCGCUUGUCUGCGUUCGGUUUCCUACCCGGUAGAGAAGUCAAAGACGCAGGUGUUGGAAAUCUAGGACUGCAGGAUCAGAGGCUCGCGAUGCUCUGGGUUCAAAAGUACAUCGAAGCAUUUGGCGGGGAUCCGAAUAGGGUCAUCAUCUGGGGCGUAAGUGCUGGUGCUAUCUCGGUUGGUCUGCAGAUGGUCGCAAACGGCGGCAAUGCAGAAGGGUUGUUCCACGGUGCUUUCAUGCAGUCGGGAUCGCCCAUCCCCGUAGGCGAUAUCGCAGAUACGAAACAGCAGGCAGUCUACGACUCCGUCGUCGACAGAGCCGGCUGCUCGAAUAAGACUGAUACGCUCCAAUGUCUUCGUGAAGUACCUUUUAGCGUGUUCAAUGAUGUCUCCAACGAGACGUACUCGUCAUUCGCCUUCCAGUCAUUAAACCUGGCGUUUGAGCCCCGCGCGGACGGUAUUUUUCUGACGGACACUCCUCAACAAUUAGUGCUGAAGGGAGAGGUUGCCAAUGUCCCAUUCGUUACUGGUGACUGUGAUGACGAAGGCACACUAUUCUCCCUUGCGAAUGCGAAUUUAACUACGGAGACAGAAACCAACAACUAUAUCGCGUCCAACUACUUCACCGAUGCCUCCACGCAAGACCUCCAACCGCUAUUCGAAGCAUAUCCGUCUGAUCUUAGUGCCGGAUCUCCCUUCGACACUGGCUCUGCUAAUAACCUCACCGCGCAAUAUAAGCGUCUCGCGGCCUUCCAAGGCGACCUUGUCUUUCAGGCUCCUCGUCGUUUCUUUCUUCAGCAGAGGUAUUCCCAACAGGAUACUUGGUCUUACUUGUGGAAACGGGGAAAGUCUACCCCUUAUAUCGGCUCGUUCCACAGUAACGACACCGCCUACGGCCCCGGCGAAGUUCGUGACGCCCUCAUCAACUUCGCCAACAACCUCGAUCCGAACGGGCCCACUCUUGGCGUCAGCGACUGGCCCAAGUACACGACCCACGCGCCGACGUUGUUCACGCUCCUGGAUGGUGAUGUGCCCGUUACACUUACGAACGAUACGUACCGCGAAAAAGCGUUUAGUGUUAUGACGAAUGUCUCGUUGGCGCACCCCAUUUAAUCUUGAGGAGAGCGGAGAGAUGGUAAUGUAGGGGCUUGG